AUGAUCAAGGGCCAAGCCGCAUUCAUUGUUCAAAAGAGAUUGGCCUCCACGGCGGGGCUCUUGAGGACACCGCUUUAUGACGCUCACGUCGAGUUGGGAGGCAAGAUGGUGGAUUAUGCUGGAUUCGAGAUGCCCGUGUUGUACAAGGGCCAAUCACACGUGGACUCUCACAAUUGGGUCAGGUCGAAAGUUGGGCUUUUUGAUGUCAGCCACAUGUUGCAGCACAACGUUUCCGGCCCAGAUGCCGCAAACUUCUUGCAAAAAGUGACCCCGAUUGAUCUCAGCAUCUUGCCCGAGAAUGGAUCCAGUUUGUCGGUAUUGUUGAAUAAUGAAGGCGGGGUGAUCGACGAUUGUAUCAUCACCAAGCAUGGGGACGACAAAUUCUACAUGGUUACAAAUGCCGGGUGCAGGGCCAAAGAUUUGGACUUUCUCAGGAAAGAAGCUGAGCGUUUCAACAGCGUCAAACACGAGACUUUUGAAGGCACAUUGUUGGCCAUCCAGGGGCCAAAAGCACAGGAAUUGUUGCAAAAAUUCACCAAUGAAGACUUGAGCAAGAUUUAUUUCGGACAAACCAAAUUCUUGAACUUGUCGCCCAUCAAAGCCACGGUGCAUCUCGCUAGAUCCGGUUACACGGGAGAGGAUGGCUUUGAGUUGUCUAUCCCAUCGACAAAUGCCGAAGAGCAGGCGCAAGCGUUGAAUUUUUUCAACACUUUGAUUCAAGAAUACCCCGAUAUCGUCAAGCCGAUUGGAUUGGCUGCGAGAGACUCAUUGAGGCUAGAGGCAGGCAUGUGCUUAUACGGCCACGAGUUGGCUGAAGACAUUACUCCCAUUGAAGCAUCGUUGACGUGGCUUAUCCCUAAAACCCGUCGUGAAUUGAACGAGUCUAGUUUCAAUGGCGCGGCAAAGAUUCUCAGCCAAAUCAAGGAUAAAUCCACUACGCGUAGAAGGAUCGGUAUCACUUCAAAGGGGCCCUCUCCUAGAGAAGGCAACACCAUUUUCGCUGAGGAUGGUGUAACUAAAAUUGGGUACGUUACCUCGGGUUCGCCUUCGCCUUCCAUUGGAGGCAAUGUUGCCCAGGCCUACAUUGACAAAAAGCACAAGAUUGGCUCCAAUGUAAAGAUUGAAAUCAGGGGCAAGUUGAGGGAUGCGGUAAUUGCAAAGUUGCCCUUUGUUCCAAGUAAUUUAUAUAAACCAUGA